UCACAUGACAGACAUUUUUUGAUUUCGGAGACGGACGGAGCUCCUCCGACAAGUCGGAAGUAAAUACAUAUUUACGUUUACCAGCUUUACAGAAUGUUUAUUUCCACAUCUCCUUGAUCAACGGGCGUUCGCAUUAUGAAUUAGCCGUUUACCUCAGCGUACUCGACUAGUCGUUCUCAGGUUGUCACCGAGCUAAAGACUGGAAGCCAACAUGAGUCCGGAAGGAAAGACCCUGCUCAAUGUCAUCAUCCUGGGCUUGGGCUUCAUGGUCAUGUUCACUGCCUUUGGCACCUGCGGAAAUAUCGAACAAACCGUAAUAAAGAGCUUCAACAGUACAGAGUUUCAUGGAAGUGGCUACACAAGCAUGGCGAUUAUCUACGCCGUGUUCUCUGCCUCCAACCUUAUAGCUCCCUCAGUGAUAGCUGUCAUCGGACCUCAGUUGUCCUUGUUUUUUAGCGGACUUGUUUACAGUGGUUAUAUCGCUGUAUUCAUUCACCCGUACACCUCGUCUUUCUACACGUUAUCCGUGCUGCUCGGAAUCGCCGCCGCGGUGCUCUGGACAGCCCAGGGGAACCUGCUCACCAUCAACUCCAAAGACUCCACCAUCGGGAGAAACAGCGGGAUAUUCUGGGCGCUGAUGCAGUUCAGCUUGUUCUUUGGCAAUCUCUACAUAUUCGUUGCAUGGCGCGGCAAGAGUCACAUAACAGAUAAGGACCGCCAGACGGUGUUCAUCACGCUCACGGUCAUCAGCCUGGUAGGAAACUUCCUGUUUUUCCUGAUCCAGCGACCAGACCCAGAACCGGCCCCUUCUGACGCUUCUGAGUCACUUCUGCCGGCAGACAUUUCUGACAGCGGCUCUGUGGCUCCGUCCCAGAGCCUGUGCUCUCAAGCGUUGCAGGCGUUCAAGAAAUCCAUACAGCUAGCUAUGACCAAAGAGAUGCUUUUACUGAGCGUACCCUUUGCGUACUCUGGGGUCGAGCUCACAUUUUACAGCGGGGUGUAUGGGACAUGUUUAGGGGCCAUGACUCAGUUUGGAGACAACGCCAAGGGUCUUAUCGGCCUCUCUGGAAUAUUGAUCGGUGUUGGCGAAAUACUUGGAGGGGGAGUGUUUGGGAUCCUGGAUAAGUGCAAUCGUUUCGGCAGAAACCCUGUGGUGUUUUUCGGCUUGUUCACCCACAUCGUGGCUUUCUACCUCAUCUUCCUCAACAUAGCCAGCGACGCUCCCGUGGCCCCAGAGGAAGGCACGCAGAUGCAAGCUUUUAUCCAACCCAGUGUGACCGUGGCGCUGAUAUGCAGUUUCCUGCUGGGCCUGGGGGAUAGCUGCUUCAACACUCAGCUCAUCAGCAUCGUGGGCUUCUUGUUCCGGGAGGACAGUGCUCCAGCAUUCGCAGUCUUCAAAUUUGUACAGUCCAUCACCGCCGCGGUGGCCUUCUUCUACAGCAACUAUCUUCUCCUGCACUGGCAGCUGCUCAUCAUGGUGCUGUCGGGCUUCCUGGGAACCAUUACCUUCUUUGUGGUGGAGUGGGGCGUCAUCAGCAGUCGACGGGACUCUGAUUACGACAGCAUCUGAUAGGAAGAGCCAGUGGAAAACUCAAGUGCCAGAACCACCGUCUCAUCUCCAGCCGCCAGCCUCCGUGAGCGGAUCUACAAGAUCUCCUCUCUUGGUUUCGCUCUUCGGUUUAGGCCACGCACCCAUUCUCCUUGUACAGACACGUUUCCCUACUCGCACUUACGAUACGUUUACUCCUCAUAUGGGAUCUAGGAUGAAGCGCUGUAAUGCAAUAAAAAGGUUCGAAUAUUCACAUAACCAAUCCAAUUAUCUUUCCAACCAUGCUUUUUUUUUAAAAUACAUAAUUCACCCAAAAGUUAAAGAUCCGUCAUGAUUUACUCGCCCUCAAAGGGUGUUGUUUUGUUGAAUUUUCUGAGGUAACUUCAUGCAGCUCUUCAUAGUAACACGGACAUGCCAUUAAAGCGGUCCAAACUUCUCCUGCGCCAUUAUUACAAGUUUUCGGAAGUUCGUCUCUGGAACAUUUAGCUCCAGAAUCGAAUCCACAUUCAAACAGUGCCGCUUAAACGCGAGGUCCAGCCUUUAUAAGCUGGAUACAACUGAAUGAGCUGGGACCUAAAUUUGUUCCAUGAAAUCCAAAAAUUAGGUUAUUUAGGCUUUUUGGAUGGACAGCGCUCCUUUACGUCUUCGUGCGAAUGCAAUAAAUCACUUACGUGUGCGCUAUGCUGUGAGACUGUAGAUGAACUUUUUUUUUUUUUUUUUUUUUUUUUUUUUUUUGUUCACAACUGCAAAAUCGGUAUCACCGUGAGACACUCGGCGGCUAAAUUAGAUGAUCUUGUUUUAAUUUCGCGAGUUUUUUUUUUUUAUGAAUACAAUUUUGCCAAAGAUUGAAGCACUCUGUAACAAUUGUGUGUGUGUGUGUGUGUGUGUGUGUGUGUGUGUGUGUGUGUGUGUGUGUGAGAGAAGUGAGCACAAAUGUUAAUGAAACCGAAAAUGGAAAACCGAAAGAAUGACUUGGGAAUCAUUUUUUUGUAAUUGCGACUGUACUAAUAUCAAGCUGGGCUGAAGUCACCACGUCACUGUAAAUAAUAAUGCGUUGAGGAAGGGUUCAGAUAGGCUCUCUCUUAAUGCGUUUGCGAUAUGUAUGUGAUAAACUUGUCUGCAUGGGAGUAGGAGCUACACGUACGUCAUUGCGGUGUAAACGGUUCGGCUUUGUUUGGUUCGGAGCAAUCUUUAGGAUGAUGAGGGAAAAUGUAACGCGAAUAUCUGGUCAUAUACUUGAAUGUAUCGUACUGUAAAAAGGCCUGGGUAUUCUGUUUUCUUUUAUAAAUAUGUGUAUAUAUGGGAUUAAAGUCCUUUUUGAGCCUUU